AUGGGAGUCACCAUCUCAUAUCACGUCAAGGAGUGCCAGCUCGACCUUGGCAAGAAAGGUGCCAUCAAAGGGCUGCAGUACGAUAACAAGUCCCGUCGCUAUGCCGGGAUUCCGUAUGCCCUACCACCAACCGGCGAGCACAGAUGGCGGAAACCAAGACCUCUUCCGGCAUCAUACCGAUUUUCAUCAGGCGGCGGUAGCGACGGGGAGGAAAGGCCCUUUGAUGCGACCGAGUUCAGGCCGGUAUGUCCGCAGGGCUCCUUCAGUGCCAACCCUGAACAGGGCGGUGACACGGCGUUUUCCGAGGACUGUCUGGUCAUGAACAUUUGGACACCGGUGCCCAAGGAUGGGGAAAAGGCCAACCAGAAGCUUCCCGUCCUACUCUGGUUGCAUGGAGGAUGGUUCCAGCUCGGCGACCCGUCGCAAGACGCGACCAUGGACCCGACGGAGAUGAUUUCUACGGGCGGCCUGAAUGCCAUUGUGGUCGCCAUUGGCUACCGGCUCAAUAUAUUUGGGUUCCUAGCGUCUGAGGAACUGCACGCCGAGAGCGAGGGUUCUUCGGCUGGAAAUUUUGGUCUGUGGGAUCAGCGACUGGCGAUCCGCUGGGUCAAGGAGAACAUUGACUUGUUCGGUGGCGACCCCAAUAACAUAACUCUCGGCGGGCGUAGUGCCGGCUCAUAUGGUGUCGAGGCCCAGGUCCUCCACGACUUCCGUGGCGCCGAGUCGCGUGUAGGCGCGGCAGAGCAGCUCUUUCAUCGGUUCUACAUGAUCUCAAACGCUAUACCGGCACAGCCAAAGACCCUGGCCGAGUCGCAACCUCAGUUUGACGAAAUAUGCGCUUACUUCAAGAUCCCGGAGACGGCAUCGGGCGCCGAGAAACUCGCCAAGCUGCGAGCGCUGAGCUGGCGGGACCUGGUCUCUGCAAUCUCCCACCUCAAAAACCACACAUUCCGACCCGUGACGGACGACCUCUUUAUCCACAGCGGCAUGGUCGAGUACCUGCGCGACGGGGCCUUUGCAGCCGACUUUACCAGGCGCGGCAUGCGCAUCCUCAUUGGCGAGGUCCUGAACGAGGAGACCCUGUACGCCACGUACAAUGCGCCCGAGGCGCCCACGCUCGACGCCCUGCGCCUGCAGAUUGGCAACUACUACGCCCCGGCCACGACGGACCGCAUCCUCGAGCACUAUGAUACGUUGCCUCCGGAGAACCAGGACAACCUCGCGGCGUGGCGCGCCGUCUUUGGCCGCAUCAUUGCCGACGGCCAGGUCCUGGCGCCGUCGCGCGGCCUCGUGCACCACCUGUUUGCGCACGGCGUGCCGCUGGGGGACAUUUGGCGGUACCAGGUGGCCAAGCGGCUGUCGUUUAUCACGGAAAAAGUGGCGCCCGCGUCGUUUGGCGUGUCGCAUGCCAUGGACAAGCCGUGGUGGAACUUUUCCAUUCAGCAUGGACCGACGCCUACAGAGUUGCGGCUGAUGGAGGAGUGGCUGGAUAUCCUCAUUGCUUUUGCCCAUGAUGAUCGCAAAUACGACUUUGGUACGAGGUCCAUUGAUGAGUUCAAAGCUGUCACAUCGGAUGACGUGAUUGAGAUACAACAGGACAAGAAAUGGGGUCAUUUGGUAAAGCUCAGUGAAGUGUUUGCGAGUGACUAG